AUGGCAAACUCUGAUUUGCCUCCUCCUCCAGCAAAUCCAUCUGUGGAUUCUGGUUCUUCCACCACUACUGAGUCCAUUCAGCCCACUAUCACUAAUGACUCUUCUCAUCCCUUUUACCUUCACCCAUCAGGAUCACCAGGGAUGAUGCUUGUUAACUCAAUCUUCGAUGAUGGAUCUAUCACUGAGCCAACAACUUCUUCUCCUUCUUUUAAGGCUUGGAAUAUGUGUAAUGACAUGGUGAUCUCCUGCCUAUUGAACUCACUCUCCAAAGAAAUUGCUGAGAGUGUUCUCUAUUCAAAAACUGCCAAAGAAAUAUGGAAGGAGCUGGAGGACAGGUUUGGGCAGAGCAAUGGAGCUCUCCUUUAUCAACUGCAAAAGGAACUUAGUGACUUAGUUCAAGGAAAUUCUGAUGUUGUUGGAUACUACACUAUGUUCAAAAGGAUCUGGGAUGAAUUGGAUAGUUUUGAUACCUGUGUCCAUUGCAGUUGUGAAUGUUCUUGUGGAAGAAAGAGCAGAUCUCUCAAAUCUCAGCAAGAUGGUAGGUUCAUUCAGUUUCUCAUGGGACUGAAUGAGGCAUACUCUGGGGUAAAGAGCAACAUUCUGAUGGGAUCUCCACUUCCCAGCAUCAAUCAUGCUUAUUCUAUGUUAAUCCAAGAGGAGAAACAGAAGGAAAUUCAUGUUGCUCAACAUCCAGUUGACUCUGCUUUCAUGGCUGCAAAACAGCAGUAUGGUGCCCAGAAAUUUGUUAAUACAGAGAAGAAGGGAAACUUUGAAGGAAAAAGAAACAAUAUCAUAUGCAACUAUUGCAAGAAACCUGGACAUACAGCUGAAAGGUGCUACAGAAUCAUUGGUUUCCCUACAGAUUUUAAGUUCACUAAAAACAAGAGAUUUCAGAAUGGAGUACAUGGUAAUGUUGUACUCACAGCAGAUGAUAAUGCAAAUCAAUCAGUGGCUAAUGCAGAAAGGGGAAUUACUCAAGAACAAUACAAUAACAUAUGUCAGUUGCUUCAAUAA